UGGUUCUGGUCGGGGUGUGUGAACUGGGUCUGAAGGUUCUGGUUCUGGUCGGGGUGUGUGAACUGGGUCUGAAGGUUCUGGUUCUGGUCGGGGUGUGUGAACUGGGUCUGAAGGUUCUGGUUCUGGUCGGGGUGUGUGAACUGGGUCUGAAGGUUCUGGUUCUGGUCGGGCUCAGACAGCUGCCACAUGCCUGUAGGCUCAGCUUUGUUCUAUUCCUGCUGCAGGACUAGAGUCUUAAUAAAGCAGCUGAGCUGAAGCUGCUGGAAGGUUCUGGGGGCGGGGCCUGCAGCAGGGGGUGGGGUCAGGCUGUAUAAAAGCAGCAGGGACAGACUCAGCAGCACAUCUGAAGCAGACCUCCAGGAUGUUGUGUCCCAGUGUCUUCACGGCGGCGGCCCCCGCCCACAUGAGGCCCCUCCUGGACCCGUACUGGCCCAUCCGCAGCCUCUGGCCCGAGAGCCGGCCGCUCUGCUUCCAGCUGGAGGAGAUGAUGAUCCGCCACCUGCAGGAGGUGAGGCAGAGCCUGGAGUWCAUGGAGAGGCUGCAUCAGAGGAUCUUUGAGGAGAUGGACCACAGCUCCUUCACGGGGGGCUUCAAGCCCAUCUCCUUCCAGGAGCUGGGGGGGGAUGGCGGUGGCUUCGCCCUCAGCCUGGACACCACCCAGUUCUCCCCCGACSAGCUGUCCGUCAAACAGGUGGGCAGGAAGCUGAGGGUGAGCGGCAGGACGGAGCAGAAGCAGGAGGAUGGGAGGGGCUCCUUCUCCCACCGGUGUCAGGAGUUCAGGCAGGAGUUCCACCUGCCGGAGGGCGUGGCCCCCGAGACCGUCACCUGCUCGCUAGUGGGGGGCCGGCUGCAGAUACAGGCCCCCCGAGACAAACCCAAGACGGACGGCAUAGAGAGGAUCGUCCCCAUCCACGUCAGCUCCGCCCCGGCCAUCACUUCCUGCUCAUCCACGGCCACGCCCUCUGAGAAAAACUGAACAGAGUGAGACGUCUCACCCAAUAAGCGCUCUUUGUCUGCUCGUUUUCUGACAGAGCAGCAGCUGUUUCCUGUUUCACCUCAAGAUGUUUAAACUGCUUCAUCAGUCAAAACUUCUCUUCAAUCUUAACGGUUCAUUUCUUCAUAAAAUAUUUCUAUUGAUUUUCCUUGAAACAAAAACAAAGUUUAAACCAACAGAAGUAUUUUCAUGACUUUUACAUCUGUUAAAAGUUUAUAAAUAUAUAAAACUCUGAUAGUGUAUUAGUUUAUAGUUAAAGUAAUCCCUGUGUAUAAUGGUGAGAUGUAAGUUUACACGUUAAUUUUCUGAACCUCAUCCUGAUUGUUUCACUGAUGGAAACAGGAAAACUGCAGUUUUACACUUUCUGUAAAAUAAUUCAGAAUAAAAGUAAUUUAUUUACAAACUG